AUGGCUAAACGUUAGUUAUUACCCAACUCAGAGCCAGUUUCUCCAAUCUAGCUCAGAAAAGUCCCUCCUCAGAUCUUUAUUACAGGAGCAGCUCAGGAAAAUGAUAAUAGACAAGGUCCUAAGAACAAAAUUGCCCCGGCACAACAGGAAAUUCAUAGAUUAAACAGAUCUAAGUUUCUGAUAGAGAGGAAGAAUUAUAAGGCAAACAUCCCUAAACAGGAAGGUGAAUCACAAACCAGCUAUAUCUAUAAUAUGAUGAACCAUAUUGUGCCUUUUGAUCAAGGCUCCUCACUCUUAGAUAGUUUUGGAAGUUCAAAUCCUAUAUAUUAGUUGGGAUCUUAUGAACUUGGGAGCUAUAGCAAUAGAUCUUACUAGGAACUACUAAAUCAAGAGAACCAUUCUUCAAAUAAGAGUCUUAUCAAGUUAUAAGCUGCCGGUAUGCUAAGUUAAGUGACAAUGCACUCAGGCAAUAUUAUCAAAGAUGAACCUGAUAAACAGUAAUAAUAAGCAUAAAAUGAAGUUGCCCAUGCUGAAUAAAAUGAAGAUAAAUAUGCAAUGUUGAAGUUAGAUAAUAGAUUUCUAACUUACUGGAAUAUUCUUAUAGUUGUGAUGGCAACAUAUGAUGUGUUCCAUAUUCCAUACAUAAUAGGAUUCAGUCCAUACUAUUCGCACUCAUAUCAGAUUGAGAUUAACGAUUAUAUCAUAAUGUUCACAUAUCUGAUUGAUAUAUUUGUGAAAUUUAGGACUAUAUACUUUGAUGAGCAAACAGGGUAGAAAACUUUUGUUCCUUAAAGAGUCGCUAAAUUGAGAUUGAAGGAAUUUUAGACUUAUCUAGAUAUUAUAGCGUUCAUCCCCUUUACUAAACUUGAUAAAACUUGGAUUCCAAAUGAGGAUUUCAUCUACAAGGCUACUUUGAUUUUUGAAAAACCUAAUAACUAUUCAUACUGGGUAACGAUGUACUAUUCUGCUAUGCUAUUCAGUAUUAGUGAGGCAGUCCCAUCAGAGACUAGUGAACUUGCCUUCACUUCUUUGAUGAUGAUUGCUACUCUUAUGAUAGUAACAAACUUUUUUGGUCUCAUUGCAGGAUUUGUAGCUCAAAUGAAGGAAAAAGAUUAAGCUUUCGGUAAAUAAAUGGAUGUUGUAAAUACUGCCAUAUCAAAUCUUGAAUUGAGUCUAGCCUUGAAAGAGGAGAUUGCGUAUUAUAUGGUUCAAAUGUCAGGUACUUAAGAUGAAUAAUUAGAAUUCUAAAGUUUUAUUGAUACAAUAUCCCCAAGCAAUAGAAAGCUUGUCUAAGAAGAAAUAUUUAGAAUAGCAAUUAAGUAAAAUGAGAUGUUAUAAAUGAUGAGUGACUAAAAAAAAUUUAAGUAGAUGCUUGAGGAUAUCGUUUAAAAGUUAGAGAUUUCACUUCAUGCUCCAGAAAAUGAAAUUAUUAAAUAAGGCUCUGAUGAUCCUGAGAAUCAGUUAAAUAUGUAUUUUGUCCAAAGAGGAGUGUGCUAAGUUUUUGUAAAUGAUAAAGUUGGCCUAGACUCUGGAGUAAAGAGAGUCAGACUACUUUACCCAGGUGAUCAUUUUGGAGAAGUUAGUUUGAUCUAUAACUGCAGAAGAUCAGCGUCUGUAAUAGCAGGCAAUUAUUGCACUCUUGCAUCCCUAAGUGCUUAGAAUUUUAAGUACAUAAGUAUGAAGUACCCCAAACUUGUUCAAGAAAUGAAAGAGCAAAUUUUUGCAUAUGAUGAUGACAUCAAAGUAUUUAUGGAAAGUAAUCUUAAGAAAAUUUCAUACAUGCAAAAUCUUGAUGAUGACAUAUUUCAUGAGAUUUUGUUCAAUUUUAAAUAGGAGACAUAUGACAGAGAUACUUUAUUGACCACAGAGAAUGAAAAAAGCAGAAAGCUGUUUAUAGUUAAAAAUGGAAUAAUUGAUAUAAGUAUUUCUAUUGAUGGACACUAUCUUGUUGUUGAAAGAUUAUAUAGAGGAUCAGUUCUAAAUCCUAGAGCUUUUUUGGUAGGUGACAUUAGUGAUAUUAGGGCUAAAUGCUGUCAAACUUAAACUUUAUUCUAUAUGACUUUUGAUUAAAUGAAAAAGCUGAGCAUGAAGAGUUAGAAAUUAGAUUAAGAAAUUACAGCCAUUAAGAACUAAGUUCCUUCAACAAAUAAAGACAAUCCUUUCAUCAUUGACUAUAUUCUAUGCAAAAGUGUUCUGGAUUAAUCUAAGUAUAAAGAUUCUAAACUUGAAAAUAGGAGAAAUAUGCUUACAUGCUAAUUGAAAAAUGCUGUCCUUGUUAAGUUGACUAAUCUCAAAAGAUUAAAAAACAAGAUGAGUUUCGCUUAGAUUAUCUAGUUAAUUAUUAAGAAAAAAAUCGAGGAGAAAAAGCAAAUCAAUAAAAUGGGAGUGCUCACUAAUCUUGGAAAUGCUAUUUAAGCAAGCGAAAUUAAAUUUGAGGAUUUAGAUAGCUCUUAGGCUGCUGAGAUCAUUAAUCUUAUUCAAAAAAUGCAAGAAAAAUACGACAAUAAUUUCAAAAAACUUUAAGAAAUAGAUAAACUUUCUAAGUCCUUUGUUGGUCAUGGAGAUUAAUCUUACCAUGACUUAGUCACACCCAAGAAUCAUUAUAAUACUCUAAGACCUACCACACCUAAAUUUAGUAAAUGA